CAAAAAACUAACCAGUCUGUUGCCAAUGUUUCUUUAUGGACAGGGCUCUGCAGUCUCUCCAUGCAGACAGGAGCUGCAGCUAAAAGGCAGCAGGGUUGACAUUGGAAAGACAUCUGCACUUUAGGACAGGACAACUCUAUCCCCUAUGCAAGACCAAACUUGUGACUGUCUGCCCAUCAUUAUCAAAGCCAAACCUCAAUUUUUCCUUCUCUGCAUAGGGACUGAUUGGGACAACACCUCCUCCUUCCUCACUGCUUGAACCUCAGGGUCAGUUGUGGUCCAGCCCAGGACAAAGACAUCACUAUUUGUGCCCUGAAGCUACACAAAGGCAUCUUCCUGCGGGUCACCUCUGCAGGUCCUCAGAUCCAUUCUGAAAACCAUCCUCAAAUGGACAUACAUCUAUACACACUAGUACUGGACCCAGAACUUAUGCAUUGACUGCAGCAUGUACUACUGUGGAGACCCCAGUUCUUAUAUGGUAUUAAAGCAGUACUAUGUGAUUGCUGGUACAUCUCACUGUCCUACUGCCACAAAGAAGAGGUCCUUCCAGGGAAUAGUCUGAAUUUGGCAUGCAGUUUGCCCUGCUGAUGCACACAUCUGCACCAUGCUGUCACAGGGAUGGACAUUUGCUUUGCCUCUCUUAUUCAUGUCUGUCUGUUGCCUGAGCCAAGAACCAGGUGACCAGGAUAUGGAGCUUCCACUACAGUACUAUGAUGACAAUGUUAUUGAUCUUUUGGAAGCUCUGAACAUUACUCGUUCUAUCAAGGGAAUUACCAAAUCCAAAGGGCAGGACCAUGGUUCUCCAGCCUGGAAAUUCCGUCAACGUGCUCCUCAUUUAACACUACCUUGGGAUUACUCUGUUUAUCUUCUAUCCAGCACACAGGGUUCCAUUGGCUUCCAUUUUGUAGCUAAACAGGCUAAAAAGAACCAAGGAACAUUACUAGCCUUUUUGUCUCCAGCAGCCACGAAGAGAGAUGGACACCCUCUUCUACGCCUUAUAUCUGACACUCAGGCAGACCAAUUACUUUUGGAGUAUCGUACCCCACAGACCAUGGAACCUGCUUCCCUGUUGCUUCCAGGUGGAUCUCCAUUUUAUGGCUCCAAAUGGGCAAGACUUGCACUGAAUAUUGACAUCCACAAAGUAACCCUUUUUCUGGAUUGUGAAGAACCAGUAGUGUUUGGUAAAGAAGGAGAAGAUGAAUUAAUUAGCCUUAUUCUCCCUCUGGAUCUUCAGAUCAGUUUUGCAAGCACCCCAGGAAAUAAGGAGAGUAAAUUUUUGGGUUAUUGGCAGACAGCUGAGAUCUCCCCAACUGGAUUCUCUAGAAGACCUUGGCAUUGUGAGAACCGGUCAGAUUCUCUCCCUCUUCCUUACUCCUUGUCUGAAGAGCGACACAUGGAUGAUGAGGAUGUCCAGAGGCAGCCUCGAGCCCCAGAUGUAUCUGACACACGACAUUAUCAGCAGCAGCAGAGUGAAGCCCCAUUGAAUUUUCUCUCUCAGGAAGAAAGGAUGCGAAGGCUGGAGGAAGUUGUUCAGGGAUUGACUACUAUGCUUGACAUGGUGAAAGUUCAGAAUGCUGAUCUCCAGGCCAGAGUAAAAGCUCUGGAGAGUUGUGAGUGUCGCCGAUCCACAUGUUUAUGGGAAGGAAAAGAGUAUCAGGACAGUGAAACCUGGAAGAAAGACUCAUGUAACAUCUGCGUGUGCAUUGGAGGUUCCGUAAAAUGCUCACUACGUAAAGACUGGCCUCAGUGCCUGGCAUGCUCUUAUGAGGGGAGGACUUACAAUAACAAGGAGACCUUUUCUGUUGGGUCCUGCACAUCAUGUGUCUGCCAGAAUGGAGAAGUUGCGUGCACCCAAAAGACUUGCCCCCCAUUAGAAUGUGCUCAUCCAGUGACGCCACCUGGUGAAUGUUGCCCUCGCUGUGUAAGAGGCUGCUCUGAUGGUCACCUAGAUGGAGAAACAUGGAAGAAGGAUUCAUGUAUAAGCUGUACUUGUCAGGGAGGCUCUGUGAAGUGCAUCUCCGCCAUAUGUGACACCAUCACUUGUGAGCAUCCUUUCACUCCACCUGGAAAGUGCUGCCCAGAAUGCGUUAGCUGCCAGUACCAUGGACAGGUUCUGAGGAAUGGUGAAAGGUUCCAACCAGAUCUGUGUACCACUUGCACAUGCAAGAAUGGAACAGUCCAGUGUGUGAGAGAGCGCUGCCCAGAAGUGACCUGUAUAAAGAAGUACACCCCACCUGGACAAUGCUGUGCCGUCUGCCAGCAAGGAUGUGAAUAUGAGGGUGUAUCUUACAGAAAUGGAGACUACUUUCUUUCUCAGAGCAAUUCUUGUGUGAACUGUUCCUGUUUGAAUAAUCUUGUGCGAUGUUUGCCCGUGCAAUGCCCAGUCGUUGCUUGCCGCAAUCCAGUACCCACACCAGGCCAGUGUUGCCCUACUUGCCCAGAGUGUGUCUUUCAUGGACAUCCCUUGCUACCUGGCCAGAACGUUACUACCACGGAUGGUUGCCAGCACUGCAUUUGUCAGGAUGGUGAAGUGAGGUGUACUGAUGCCGUACAUUGUCCACAAACCUGUACUCAUGGAGUGAAACAAGGAUCUUGUUGUCCAGAUUGCUCAGCCUGCAAUCUUCAUGGAGACAUUAUACCAAAUGGUGUCAACUUUAAAGGCAAUGGUGAUCCAUGUGAAAGCUGUAUGUGCCAGAAUGGGAAUGUCAAAUGUAUGCGAGUAUCUUGCCCCAUGCUGAAUUGUUCUCUACAAGAAGAGGUUCCUGGAGAAUGUUGUAAAAGGUGUCAAGGCUGCAUUGAUGGAACAGUAACACGACAGCAUGAAGAAGAAUGGAGACCACAUGGAGAGCCUUGUCACAUUUGCCGUUGUGUGGAGGGCAAAGUUCAAUGUAAAAAACGUCAAUGUGCCUCCCUGUGUAGAAACCCAGCUCCAGCAAGGCCAGGAACCUGCUGUCCUGUUUGUGAUGGUUGUUCAUAUAAUGGACGAACCUAUCAGAAUGGGCAAGCCGUAAGAAGCUCUGACUCUUGUACGCGCUGUGUUUGCGAGAAUGGAAACGUUCAAUGCAGUCCAAUACCUUGUAGCCCUACACUGUGUAGGAACCCUGUACGAAAACCAGGAGAAUGCUGUCCGAGGUGUGAGGGAUGCGAGUUUGACUCGCGGUCAUAUGCAGAAGGUGACGUUUUUACGACUUCCCAUGACCCCUGCCUCAGCUGUACUUGUUCUGCAGGAGAGGUGUCUUGUGACCAUCUAGACAGACGGUGCACUCCUGCACAGUGCAGUCACCCUGGCAAACUCAAUGGACAAUGUUGCCCAAGUUGUGAAGUGUGUGACUUUGAGCGAAGAAUAUAUUCUGAUGGACAAACAUUCCGACCCCCGGGACAUGGACCUUGUCUCCAGUGCACCUGCACAAAAGGAAAUGUCCGUUGCCUAGAGGAGACCUGUCCACCAAUAUCCUGCCCUAAUCCAAUCAGAGAACCCAAUAAGUGUUGUCCUGUGUGCAAAGUUUGUGUCCAGGAUGGAGUGGAGUUCUUAGAGGGGGUGGAAUGGGAACCUGAAAGAGAUCCAUGUAGCACUUGUGCUUGUUUGAACGGUGACACCGUAUGUGGGGUCAGUCAGUGCCCCCCGCUGUCCUGUCAUCACCCAACCCACAAUGAAGGUGAGUGCUGUCCAGUGUGUGAUACGUGCACUUACAACCAGAGAGUGUACAGUAAUGGACAGGACUUCACAGACCCAGACAACCCAUGCCAGAAUUGCCACUGCCAGGAUGGCACUGUCCAGUGUACACCGGUUGUCUGCCCCUCUGUGUUAUGUUCCAGGCCAGAGAAGAAGCCUGGCCACUGCUGUGCCACAUGCCCAGAUUGUAGAUAUCAUGACAAUAUUUUCCUGGAUGGAGAACAAUUUUCCAACCCAGACAAUCAGUGCCAGAAAUGCGGAUGCCAUAAUGGACAUGUGACCUGUGCUGACCGUGGAUGUCCCGGAUCUUUGUGUUCAUACCCACUGCCAGGAACCUGCUGUAACAAUAAUUGCAAUGGCUGCAAUUAUGCUGGAAAAGAAUAUCCAAAUGGUGCAGACUUUCCUCACCCUACAGACAAAUGCAGACAAUGUCACUGUAUUAAUGGUAAUGUGCAGUGCCUUACUAAACGAUGUCCACCCAUCGUUUGUGCCGAGCCAUUCCAAGUCCCAGGAGAGUGCUGUCCACAGUGUCCAGCACCCCCGGCUGACUGUCCUUAUUCUGGAAUCACUUACAGACACAUGCAGCGAUUCUAUGAUCCAUCAGAUAAAUGUCGUGACUGUAUAUGUAACAAUGGCACAAUUACCUGUCAACGCAAGCCCUGUGCUCCUAUAGCUUGCACCCACCCUCUUAAAGGAGACUGCUGUCGAUCCUGUGAUGGAUGUCUGCUGUCCGGAAAAGAGCUUGCUAAUGGGGAACAGUUCACACAACCAUCAGAUUCUUGCUCGGUGUGUGUUUGCUGGGAAGGUAGUGUGAAUUGCCAGCCUAAAACAUGCCCCAUACUUAACUGCCCCUAUCCAGCCCCUGGCCCAUGCUGCAAGGAGUGUCAAGAUUGCCAGUAUCUGGGGGAGGUGUACCUGAACGGUCAUGAGUUUUCGUCACCACAGGAUUCUUGCAGUCGGUGUGUCUGUGCUGAUGGGUUUGUCACAUGCAAUAAAAAGCCUUGCUAUAAAGCUGGCUGCACUCACCCCAGCACCCCACCAGGAAAAUGCUGUCCAGUUUGUGAUGGAUGUUCAUAUAAUGGUGUGGAACUGAUUAACGGUCAAACUAUCCCAGACCCUUCAAGUUCAGCGUGCUCAGAAUGUUCUUGUAGGGCCGGAUCCGUUCAGUGUGCACGCAAGCUUUGUGCUCCAGCUACCUGCCCACAUCCAGUGACUGGACCUUGUGACUGUCCUCUGUGCCAGGGAUGCCAUUUUCAAGGUCAUAAUUUUAUUGAUGGCGAGUCUUUCACUUCACCACAAAAUGAAUGUGAGCAAUGCCGCUGUAUGAGAGGCCGCGUCACCUGCGGUCCUCGGCCAUGUAGCACAGCCAACUGCCCUCAUCCAGGUGAGGAUCCCUGCAUGUGCCCUGUAUGUGAUGGUUGCAAUUAUAACGGCCAGGACUGUGUUAAUGGAGAGAGCUUUCCUGACCCUGACGAUGAGUGCAGUCGCUGCACAUGCAAGAAUGGAGAAGUGACCUGUGUGUCUGUUUCUUGCCCGCGAGUGUCCUGUUUGCACCCAGUGACUCCACCGGGGGAAUGUUGCCCGCUCUGCACAGGAAUAUGUAAGCACAAUGGACGGGUAUUUCAGAAUGGUGAAAAUUUCAAGCUACCUGGAGAUAUUUGUACCCAAUGCUCCUGUAGGAAUGAGAUGGUGACAUGCCAACGUCUUCCGUGUGAAAAAGAAUGCAGCCAUCCAGUGCCCUCUCUCUCAUCUCCUUGCUGUCCUGUAUGUGAUCGCUGUCUCUAUGAGGGAAAAGAAUACUCCAACCAUCAGACAUUCUCCUCUGUGUCGGACCCAUGCCUCCGUUGUGUGUGUUUGGAAGGCAGUGUCACCUGCACCCAUGUAGUGUGUCCUCAAAUCUACUGUGUAAACCCCAUCAGAAAGCCUAGUCAGUGCUGCAUGGAGUGCCCAGUGUGUCACUAUGAAGGAAAAGAAUAUAGUGAUGGUGCUCGCUGGGUGCCCUUCUCAGAUCCAUGUCUACAGUGUACAUGCACAGCAGGAAAUGUACAGUGUGAUCCUCCUAUGUGUCCUCCUCUACCUUGCACCCAGCAGGUGACAGAUCCAGGAGCAUGUUGUCCUCGCUGCAGAGGCUGUAUAUAUAAUGGUCGGGAAUACAAAGACAACAGCAACUGGCUUUCCACCGUGGAUCGUUGCAUGUCCUGCAUGUGUGUUGAUGGUGUUACCACCUGUUCCAAAGUGCAGUGCAUCACAUCCUGCACUAACAAGAUAACGCUUCCCGGAGAAUGCUGUCCUCUAUGUGCAGACUGUAUAUCUAGCAAAAAAGUGUAUUCUCCAGGGGACAGCUUUCACCCAUCAGAUGACCCCUGUGAAAUCUGCACAUGUGAGCGUUUACCAGAUGGUCGUCAGUACAGACGUUGCACAAAAAAACAGUGCCCCAGCCUGGUGGAUUGUCCUCAACAUCAAAUUCUUCCUCCUGCUUUUGGCCAGUGCUGUGCUAGCUGUGCACAGGCUUUAAGUAAUUGUACAGACUUACUGGUGGGCAGUGAGAUCCAGGCAGGGAAUGACCCUUGUUACAUGUGCCAGUGUAAGGAUUUAACAUGGAUAUGUGAGCACAAACCAUGCCCUCUUCUCAGUUGCCCCCGUUCAGAGCAAAUCACCCCACCAAGAUCAUGCUGCCCUGUGUGCAAAGACUGUAUAGUUGAGAUUGAAGGAAGACGCAUUCCAGAUGGAGAGACAUGGACAGACAGGCAGGAUCCAUGUAUCACCUGUACAUGUACUUUAGGACAUGUUGACUGUCAGAUACAGGAAUGUGCCCCAAUUAAGUGCCAGCAAGGAGAGCUGAAAGUCAGAACGCCAGGCACAUGCUGUCAUGUUUGUCAGGCUCCUGCUGUAGCCUGUUGGUAUCAAGGCCAGAGAUACCUUUCUAAUGAGCAUUGGCAGGUGGAUGAAUGUACUGCCUGUACCUGUGUUUCUGGGGAGGUGCAUUGCCAUAGUGAGAGGUGUCCGCAAGUGUCCUGUACUGCUGAUGAGACUCCAGCCUUGAUACCUGGCAUGUGUUGUCCACACUGCAUACCUCGUCCGGCCACAUGUAUUGCCUUUGGAGACCCACAUUACAGAACUUUUGAUGGCAAGAUGUACCACUUCCAAGGUAGUUGUACCUACGUCUUGAGUGAAGACUGUGAAGGAGGAGACUUCAGUAUCCAUGUGACAAACGAUGACCGUGGACAGCGUGGUGUGUCAUGGACAAAGGAAGUAACUGUGUUGAUUGGUGAUGCAGUAGUGCAGCUCCUUCAGGACUGGGUAGUGAUGGUUGACUAUCAGACUGUUGAGCUGCCAUUCCUAAAAGAGCCAUAUAUUUACAUUGAGAGGAAAACAAACACCAUUCUGCUAAAUAGUAACAUUGGAGUGAAGGUGCAGUGGAAUGGGCGUUCUCACCUAGAAGUAAGUGUUCCAGGAACAUAUCGUGAUCAUCUCUGUGGACUGUGUGGAAAUUUCAACAACUAUCCUCAGGAUGAUAUGCGUGAUCGCAGGGGGCAGAUCCUUCUAUCUGAGGCUGCCUUUGGGAACAGCUGGAGGGUACAAGGUAAUGACUCUGCCACUGAUUGCUGGGAUGGAGAGGAUGUGGAUCCCUGUAAACAGGCUGGAUAUCGUGCCAGAAAAGAAGCCAAUAGUCGCUGUAAAUUGCUGAAGUCCAGUGUGUUUGAGCCAUGUCAUAGAGUUGUCCCACCAGAGAUGUUCUUUGCCUCAUGUGUUUAUGACCUGUGUGCUUGUGGAGCUGGAGAUGAAUGCCUUUGUGACGCUUUGGAAGCCUAUGCCUCAGAGUGCCGAGAAGCCGGCGUCAUCCUACAAUGGAGAUCUCCAGCGCUGUGUGCUGUUGGCUGUCCCUACGAUAGAGGUUAUGUGUUUGACGAAUGCGGUCCUCCUUGUCCUAAGACUUGCUUUAAUAAAGAUGUUCCUCUUGGCGUGUUGGAGUCUCACUGCUUUAAACCAUGUGUUCCUGGCUGUCAGUGCCCAGCAGGUCUAGUAGAACAUGAGUCUCACUGCAUCCCUCCAGAAUCAUGUCCGAAGAUCAUUCAUGGUGGCCUGUGAGAUCAAGUGGACCAAAUGACAGAAGUCAAUGUAAACCAGUAUACUUGUCUAUCUGUGGAAUACAAUCUGUUUCAGACUGUUGACUAUGUAUACGCUACACCGAGUUAUGAGAUUGCGUCAAAUAAAUCUCGAUCACAUAAUAACAGAAUUAUGUUCCUAUAGCCUUCAAAAUAUCACCUUCUGUUUUGUGCUUUUCAUCGUUCUUCAGUUGCUUCUUGUGCAAAACCAGCAAAAUGAGAAUUUCAGAUGAAAUUGAAGAAAUCCCUACAGUAGGACAAAUAUAUCAAUCAAUUCGUAAGAACUAUUGCUUUAACAAUGUGACAGAUUUGUCUAGUAUUCUUUUAUGUGCCCAGUGGAUGUUGCAGAAGCAUUCUUUUGCGGAGGUAUUAUGAACAGAAGACAUUUUAUAAGAAUACUUCUAAUAUCAAAGGGGCAAACAUAUACAUGGUUCAAUGAAGAUGAAGGCAUGUUUGAAUUGACAUUAUUGGUACUGCAGAUCAUAAUUCAUAAUGUAUUGCAUUUUGUGCAUAGUCUGAUUAUAUGAAAGACAAAAUUUGACUUUGAGAUAUUACUGUAUUUUUAGCCUGUAUGAUGCACAAAAUGAUAAGCGGCCAGGUGUAGAUGUAGGAAGGGGAGAAAAAGGCUGCUGUGGGGACAGUUCUUAGGUACAAUGUGCAAUUAUAGUGACAAAUAUAGUUUCCAGUUUUCACCGUGAUGCAACCUUUACCGUGCUGACAAAAGCUUGUCAUAGGGCUAUCAAAUAUGAGACAAUUAUCAGCUGACAUCACAGAUCACUGUACUGCAAUUAUCUGCUUAUCUAUACAUAGAGGUGUUAUAUUUCCCAAUAAAACGAAAUAUACCGUAAUAAAGGGAACAAAUGAAAUGCUUUUAUUUUCCAGUUGGAUUGAAUGAACCCAUUACUGAGUUAUUAACCCAAUCACUGCAGGCAUGCCUAUCAAGUUAUAUGUGCUUUACACCUGAAAGAUGUUGUCCAAGCUAAAUCAAAACUCCUGUAAAUGGUCUAAAAUAGCAAAAAAGGAGAGAUAAUCCCCCCCCCCCCCCCCUCUUACGGCUUUUCGUGCUGCACUCCAGUCCUCCACUGUUUGUUUUGCUGGCUGCAACAGUGAUUUUCUGUGAUGUUCUGCACACCACAUCGCCGCAGCGGCCAAUCACUGGCCUCAGCAGUCAUGUCCUGUGCGCACAGAAGAUCACUGCUGCAGCCAGGAAGAUGAUGUCAGUGGUGCAGAACCAGACAGCAAUGCUGGAAGCAGCAAAAUACUGUAACCUCUAGCAGUGCAUUGCUGAACAACAUUAGGGUUUUUUGAGUACCGUAAAUCAUUCCAACUUACAGAACUGUUGAGGGUAAACAAGUUACAUUAACUAUCAUACCACAUACUGAGGAUAGUGCAUCAAUAUCAGGAGCCUAGAAAACCCCUUUAACUAUUAACUACUGCCCUGGAAAUUGAGAGGAUAUUGGUAUCGCCUGUAAUGACACUGGCAUCAGGGCCAUCAUUAGUCAUGUUAGAGGAACAUAGGCUGGAUCCUGCUGCUCACUGUUUUCUUCUAUUGAUGUGAACCACUGUUUUUAUACAUAUAUAUUUAUAUAUUCACUUUUUAUUACUGUAUUCUGAGGAGUACGCCAUGUCUGAUAUAUUUAUUGUUUUGUAUGCUAUAAAAAAUAAAGAUCGUUUUUAGUUCUGUU